UCGCAGCUGCCACCCGGCCGCCGGGCCCAGGCAGAAGUCAGCCGCCCGCGGCUGGGCAAGCACUGCGCGCAGACACGCUACAGACAAUGCUCCGAGGCGCCCGGCGGGGCAACGGACUGCUGGGACACCGACGGCGAGGCUGCGGGACCGCAGACCCCAGGGAGUUGAUCUGGAACUCAUCUCUGCCUCCUGCAAGACGCCACUCAGAGAGCCUGGCCCAAGAUGAACUCGAACCUUAUCGGCUCACAGUGCUCCAGACCGUUUGACUGAAUCCCGAGAGCCCAAACAUGUCUGCGUGCAGCGACUUUGUGGAGCACAUCUGGAAACCCGGGUCUUGCAAGAACUGCUUCUGCUUGCGGAGUGACCAUCAGCCAACAGCUGGCCAUCCCAAGGCUAGAGCCAACAGCCUACCCGCUGGAACUCGCCUGCCUGCCAGGCCUGAGAAUUGCCGCCUAGACGACGAAGGCGUGAAUGGCUUGGCCUACUCAAAGCCCACCAUUGCUGUAAAGCCCACCAUGAUGACUUCUGAGACCUCCGACUUGUGGACUGAGGCCAACCUGAGUGCUGAAGUCCCGAAGGUCAACUGGAGAAGAACCCCAGGCAAGCUCCUGCUCCCGAAACAGGAAGAUGAGCCAAUAGUUUACCUAGGCAGCUUCAGGGGACUGCAGAAGCCUGCAGGCCCUCUUGCCUGCACAGAUGGCAACUCUCGUUGUCCCCCAGCCUAUACCAUGGUCGGACUGCAUAACCUGGAGACCCGAGUGGAUAGGAACACGGCCUUUCAACCAGUGAGUUUCCAGGAAGAGAAGGCUGGGAGGGGAGAGCUGCCCUCGGCUCACGAGAGCUUUCGCCAGAAGCUAGCUGCCUUUGCAGGGAUGACAUCCAGCUGCCCCAAGGGCCCCAGGCCCUGCACUUCUCCACAGCCCCUGCAGGAAUCCCUGCCCUCGGAGGAUGACAGUGACCAAAGGUGCUCACCCUCAGGAGACAGCGAAGGUGGGGAGUACUGUUCCAUUCUGGACUGUUGUCCAGAACCCAAAGAUACUGUGCAUAGCACCGAGGGCUCUGGCAGACGUGGAGGGGACUGCUCGCCCACGUACAGGGAGCAGGGACCACAUACAAGACCAACAGAAGAGGAAAAGCAGGGGCUGAACUUCCCCAGAGAGUGUUGUGGCCAGGGAUCCACAGCGAACCCGCCCCGCCUGGGCCCCAAGAAGCCAUCCCUUAACUCCGAGGCCGCCAGCUCUUCCGAUGGAAUGUCCUGUGGCAGCAGCCGCAGCGGGGCCAGCAGCCCCUUCGCUCCCCACCUUGAGAAUGACUACUGUUCUCUUGUGAAGGAACCAGCCACCGGGAAACAGCAGGACUCCAGCUGCCACUUCCUCGCCUCUGGCAAAUGUGUGGGUCAAGCUGUGGAACUCCAGCCUCCUGCCCUUCCUAGGGACGCUGUGCAGCCUGAACCCAUCUACGCCGAAAGUGCCAAGAGGAAGAAGGCAGCUCCAGGGCCUCCGAGGCCCGAGCCUAAGAAAGAGCAGGUCGCAGCUAGCCAUAGCCAGGGCCAAGUAUGGACAGGUGAUUCCUGGGUUCAGAAGACGCCCCCUAGCUGGAGCCAGGACAGGGAAGGCGCAAACCCUGCUCCUCAGGUGGCAACCACCAUCACUGUCAUCGCUGCUCAUCCAGAAGAGGACCACAGGACUAUUUAUCUGAGCAGCCCUGACUCUGCCGUGGGGGUGCAGUGGCCACGUGGGCCUUCGAACCAGGACUUACAAGCCAGUGAAGAGGAGCCUUUGGUUGUGCAGGGGCUAACGUCAAGGGAGAGCCAUCCACAUGUUGUGACUGAAAACACGUCCAAAGAGAAGCCUGCCAUUCCCCCCAAACUAUCCAAAAGUAGCCCUGGAGGGUCCCCAGUGUCCCCCGCAGCUCCCCCUCUGACUGACCACAGCGACGGGAACACCGGUGGCAGCAGCGUCGGACAGCUUUUGUCUAGAGUCCCUGCUAACCUAACGUCUUCCUGCCACACCAAUGGUGUUGCCACUGGCGGUGACCCUGCCAAGUGUCCCCCACCAGCCACCUCCUCUUCAGUCUUGGACCAGAGGCGGCCAAGAUACCAGACUGGUGCUUGGAGCCGCCAGUGCCGGAUAGAGGAGGAGGAGGAGGUGGGGCAGGAGUUGUUGAGUCAAAGUUGGGGGAGAGAGUUGGAAAAUGGUACGGUCGACCAUUCAAACGCCUCUACCUGGCACCGUCUCCAUCCCAUCGAUGGCUCCUCUGGGCAGAACAGCAAAACUAACUCUGGGAUGAGCAAAUCGGCUUCCUUUGCGUUUGAGUUCCCAAAGGACAGAGGCAGAUUGGAGGCAUUCUCACCCCCUCCCCCACCUCCAAAGUCAAGGCACCUGUUAAAAAUGAACAAGAGCAGCUCUGACUUGGAAAAAGUGAGCCAGAGCUCUGCAGAAAGCCUCAGCCCGUCCUUCAGAGGGGCCCAUGUCAGCUUCACCACGGGCUCCACAGAUAGCCUAGCCUCGGACUCCAGGCCCUGCAGUGAUGGAGGUCCAUCAUAUGAACCCUCCCACUCACCCACCAUCAGCGGGAAAAAGCUCUUCGCUCCUGUCCCUUUUCCGUCAGGCUCCACAGAGGAUGUGUCCCCUGGUGGUGGUCCUGCGCAGCCUCCUCCUCUGCCCCAGAAAAAGAUAGUGAGCCGUGCCGCCUCUUCCCCCGACGGCUUCUUCUGGACCCAAGGUUCCCCUAAGCCACGGACGGCAAGUCCCAAGCUGAACCUAAGCCACUCAGAAACCAAUGUUUGUGCCCAUGACGAGCCUCCUUUUAACUCUUCCUUGAACUCUGGAAACCGUUCCCACCAUGUCUUCUCCUCUUCUGAGCCUUUGGAGAAAGCUUUCAAAGGCAACGCUCCCUGGGCCCCAGCUCUGGGGCUGGCAAACAGCAAAGGCGGCUGUGGGAGCCCCGGUCUCCAGUGCAGAGCGGCCACCUCCACGUCGUCAUCCCAGCUCAGUGUGUCUAGCCAGGCCUCCUCCAGCAGCACCCAACUUCAGCUGCACAGCCUGCUGAGUAGCAUCAGCAGCAAGGAGGGUACCUAUGCCAAGCUUGGGGGCCUCUACACACAGUCCCUGGCCCGCCUAGUCACCAAGUGUGAAGACCUCUUCAUGGGUGGCCAGAAAAAGGAACUACGCUUCAAUGAGAAUAACUGGUCACUCUUCAAGCUGACAUGUAACAAGCCUUGCUGUGACUCGGGGGAUGCAAUUUACUACUGCGCCACCUGCUCUGAGGACCCAGGCAGCAUCUAUGCCGUGAAAAUAUGCAAAACCCCAGAACCCAAAUCAGCCUCAUACUGCAGCCCGUCUGUGCCGGUGCACUUCAACAUCCAGCAAGACUGCGGCCACUUUGUGGCCUCUGUGCCCUCCAGCAUGCUUGCCUCCCCCUCCCCUGACACAUCCAGCAAAGACACCGCACCUGCUGCAUCCCCUCAGCACCCUGCCCAGGAGCAGGACUGUGUGGUGGUCAUCACCCGGGAGGUACCGCACCAGACUGCUUCGGACUUUGUGCGGGACUCCAUGGUCAGCCACCGGACGGAGCCUGAGGUUUACGAGCGCCGGGUGUGCUUCCUGCUUCUGCAGCUCUGCAACGGGCUGGAGCACCUGAAGGAACACGGGAUCAUCCACCGGGACCUGUGUCUGGAGAACCUGCUGCUGGCGCACUGUAACCCUCAGAGCUCCCCCGGGCCCUCUGCCACUCCUACCGUGCCCACCGCCACAUCCAGGUGCCCUUCUGCCGCGCCCGCAGCCACCACUGCCUGCCAGGGAGGGCCCGGUGAGAAGCACCUGCCCAGGCUCAUCAUCAGCAACUUCCUGAAGGCCAAGCAGAAGCCAGGAGGCACCACCAACCUGCAACAGAAGAAGAGCCAGGCCCGGCUGGCUCCUGAGAUCGUGUCUGCUUCCCAGUACCGCAAGUUUGAUGAGUUCCAGACGGGCAUCCUCAUCUAUGAGCUGCUCCACCAGCCCAACCCAUUCGAGGUGCGAGCCCAGCUACGGGAGCGCGACUACCGGCGGGAGGACUUACCCCCGCUGCCCACACUGUCCCUCUACUCUCCUGGCCUGCAGCAGCUUGCCCAUCUAUUGCUUGAGGCUGAUCCCAUCAAGCGCAUCCGCAUAGGUGAAGCUAAGCGGGUGCUGCAGUGCUUGCUGUGGGGGCCACGGCGGGAGCUGGUGGAGCAGCCGUGCACCUCGGAGGAGGUACUAUGUAACACUCUGCACAAUUGGAUCGACAUGAAGCGAGCCCUGAUGAUGAUGAAGUUUGCUGAGAAGGCGGUGGACCGAAGGCGGGGUGUGGAACUGGAGGACUGGUUAUGCUGCCAGUACUUGGCCUCGGCAGAGCCAGCGGCCCUCUUGCAGUCCUUGAAGCUCCUGCAACUUCUCUGAGCCUCUAGUCAGACUAUUCUGUCGCCACCUUCCACGCACGCCCCAUGCCCUUGCCUUGCUUGCAUCCGGGUUACCCUGGGAAAUGGUACAAAUGACUGUCGUCCUUGGAUGUAAUAUUUUAUAUAUAUAUAUAAAUAUACAUAUAUAAAUAUGAAAGACUGGGGAUGUCAUUUCACACACGCCAGCUCCUCUCCUCGCAGAACCGCCACCCCUGUGAUUAUGUACAGUUCUAGCUUCACGCAAGGUCCUGAGGACAGUUCCACCCCGACAGAACCAAGUUUAGACUCCUGCCUCACAGACCCAUUAUGGAGUCUCCUCGCCCUUUUGUCAAACUGUUAUUUAGAAACAAAACAAAACAAAACAACAACAAAAAAAAAACAACUUCCCAAUAAA